AUGGAUCGAAUCCUCUGGUUUAUGAUCUUGGGUUUAUUCCUAUCACUUUCAGAAGUUGAGCCGAUUUCGUUCAAGAUCACAAAUCGUUGCCGGAACACGAUAUGGCCCGGUUUACUCUCCGGCGCUAACUCAGCGCCGCUUCCAACCACUGGCUUUCGUCUUGCCAGAGGAAGAUCCAAAACGGUUCAGAUACCACCGUCGUGGUCCGGUCGUCUCUGGGCACGAACCUUGUGUUCACAAGAUCCGAGUUCCGGUUCUUUCGUUUGCUUGACCGCAGACUGUGGCUCCGGUAAGGUUGAAUGUUCCGGCGCCGGAGCUAAACCACCAGCAACACUCGCCGAGUUUACUCUAAACGGAACCGGAGGAUUAGACUUUUACGACGUUAGCCUCGUCGACGGUUACAAUCUCCCGGUGCUAAUCUUGCCCAAGAGAAUCGUCGACGGAGGUUGCGGAGCCACGGGUUGUCUCGUGGAUUUGAACGGCGCGUGUCCUAGAGACCUGAAACUGGUGGCGCGUGGGAAAAGAAACGGUGUUGCUUGCCGUAGCGCGUGCGAGGCGUUCAACGACCCGAGGUAUUGCUGCAGCGAUGCGUACGCGACUCCGGACACGUGUCACCCUUCGGUUUACUCGCUCUUCUUUAAGUACGCGUGUCCACGAGCUUACAGCUACGCUUAUGACGACAAGACCAGUACCUACACUUGCGCCACCGGAGCCGACUACUUCAUCAUCUUCUGUCCACCGCCGUAUACAAGCGAGAAGCUGUUAGGAUCGAGGAAAGAUGGGGCGACGCUGCCGCUAGUAAACAAGAGCAUGAUACAUUUGCCGCAUCCGCAUAGCAGCUGA